AUGGGUUUUCAAGACCUUCAUCUUUUUAAUUUAGCCCUUUUGGCAAAGCAAGGGUGGAGGCUUUUAAGAAAUGAUGAUUCUCUUCUUUACAAAGUUUAUAAAGCCAAGUAUUUUCCGAAUUCAAGCUUGUUUGAAGCCAAAGCUGGAGCUAGUUCAUCUUAUGUUUGGAACGGAAUUUGGGAAGCUCUUGAUUGUUUGAGAAAAGUGUGUAGGUGGCGUGUGGGGAAUGGGCAAACUAUUCGUAUCUUUAAGGAUCCAUGGUUACCGGAUGGUGUAAGUGUUUCAUCUUUGAUUGAGGUUGAUGAGAACCUAAAAGUUCAUUCUUUGAUAGAUGCAAGUACAGGUUGGUGGAAUGUUCAUAUGAUGAGAGCUCUAUUCAAUCCAAAUCUAAUUCAACAGAUUUUAAAACUACAAAUUUCUGUAAAUUCUGAAGACUCUUUGUAUUGGAGUCAUGAGAAGACUGGUAGUUUUUCUGUCAAGAGUGCUUAUUGUUUUCUUCAACAGAAUCAACAUCUUUCAUAUUGGCAGUCUUCUAGUGGCAAUUCUGAAGCUGUGUUUUGGAAAUCUUUAUGGCAUCUGAAACUUCCUAAAAAGAUGAAGAUUUUUGCAUGGAAGGCGUGUCAGGAGAAGCUUCCAACCUAUCUGAAUCUGAAAAAGAAAUAUGUAUUGGAUGAUGCAGCCUGUGUAUUAUGCAAUCAAGCUGGGGUUGGAGUGGUCUUGAGGAAUCAUAAUGGGGAGGUUGUCGUGGCUUGUUCUAAGGUAGAGAAAGAGGUCUCCUUUGCUGAGUUCAUUGAGGCAAUUGCGCUUCUUAGAGGUUUACAGUUGUGUGUUCAAUGGGGUGUACCAAAGCUUAUGCUUAAAACCGACUGUUUGAUUUUGGUUAAUGCUUUGAAUGAAAAUUCUGAAUGUUUAACAGAUUUUGCUUUUAUUCUUCAAGACAUAAGAAGACUAAUGGCGGCCUUCCAAGAAGUUAAAGUGGUGCAUGUCAACCGUUUAGGCAAUUUGGUGGCUCAUCUGCUAGCAAGACAUGUUUGGUUGAUUAAUGAUAUUUGUAUGUGGUGGGAUUUUUGUCCUUCUUUUAUUAGUCAAGCUAUAUGGCUUGAUCAACUUGCUAUUUGUAAGGAUCUUUGA